AUGCGGGUGCGCGAGGCGGAAGUCAGGCGGGGCGCCACCCGGCUCGAGGCGCUCGCACGAAAGGCGAAGCGAGUCGACGGCGAACUGGCCGCCCUGCAGCGACGCCCUGUGGAUCGCAUGGGGAGCUCACCCCGGAGGCCCUAUCAAAGGGAGACCUCUCGUGGCAGCUUAGCAAGUCGCUCCUCCAGCCAAAUACCCGCAUCCCGCUCCUGUGUCUCCCCACGUCUCUAUCAAACGCCUCGGCAUGCGGCGACGACGUACCACUACCUCAGCAAGCGGCCCGCGCGUGCCCUGAGCGUCCUCAGCGACGAUGACCUGCCUGAAAAAGAUCUCAAGGAACAUGCGAACGAGCUCAUGCAGUGGCGCGAGGAGCGCAGCCAACUCCUGUCGGAGAAGGUACGAAUGGUGCAGCAACAUAAGGAACUGAACUUCCACCUGCGACGUGGGACACACAUAAAGCCCAUCUCCGCGGUCACUCCGACCAGUGCGCGCACGCCAAUCAAACAAUUGGCGCUGAAAAGCUUCUCUGCGGUGGAUGCAGACGGCCACAACCUAUUAGCCAGGUUGCGGCUGGACGCGAAUCGAGUGGGCAUCGAGGUCACUAAGUGUCGAGCGGCCCAUCAAGAGGCCAUCUCUCGUGUGGCACGCACGCGAGAGUCCUUGGAAAGCAAUCUAGAAGAUUUGAAGAUGAAGCGCGAUCAAUGGCGGAUUCGCUUUGAAAGUGUUGCAUGUAAAAUGGAAGAAACUAUAGCCUGCGCAAAGAGCAUAAGUGCACAAUUGGUUUCCAUUAGAAGCAGCGAUCAGAAAUAUAAGGGAAUCGUCGCGGAUCGGCUGGGUAUCAAACGCGAAGACGCGGAAGGUGUCCCCGGCCUGCUGUCACUUAGAAACCGAAUCGAGGGUGGUAAGCUGCUCGUUAUGCAUACAAAUAAAGUGGAAUCCGUGCUGAAUGCAGCAUUGGAGCGGCUAAGGGGAAUUUACCCGGCACCAAUAUAG